AUGAAUAAUGCAGUUGCCAAAAUAACAAGUGCUGGACGUCGCGAUGUUCCUUUACUUGAUUUACCAGUAGAUGCGACACAAAAUGAUGCAGAUACAACUUCUAUACCAGCCGCUCAAAUCGAACAACCAUCAUUACCUAAUGGACAUCCUUCACAUGAUGCUGAAAAACAUUUACGUGCUAAAUUACGAUAUUUUUUCAUGUCACCUUGUUGGAAAUGGCAUUUAAAACGACAAUUUCCAUGGAAAGCAUGGUUUCAGUUUAUUAAAAUUAUUCUUGUUACUGCUCAGUUAAUUCUAUUUGGUAUUGAACGACAAACACAUGUCAUAUUUAUUUCUGAAAGUAAUACAACAUUUCAUCAUUUAUUUAUUCGUGGUUGGAGUGCAAGUGAUGAAACAUUACCGUAUCCAAGAGCAUCUGGAGAUUUUGCUGUUUACACAAAUAAAGAAUUUCUUGAUUCAAUUAAUUUUGCUGUACAUCGUUUUAAUAAUCUAGCAAAUUUAUCAUUGGGUUUAUUUGAUUUUCACGAUCAUUCAUCAUCAAAGUCAAUCGAUAUUAAUUCUGAAAAAGGUGAUCGUGUUGUUAAAUUAUGUUUAAAUCGUUUUAAAACAUGCCGAAUUGAUCCAACUUCACACACGUAUAUAUUAGAUAGUGAAAUUGAAGAUGCUUGUUUUACAUUGAAUGCAACAGAUAACUUUAAUGUUGAGCAUUACCUAUUGCAUAGGCAUAACGAAACUAUAAGUUAUUGUGGACUUAAUGAACUAACACUUAAAUUUGCUAUUCAUGCUAUUCAACUUAAAAAUCAAAAACCAUUUAGUUUACCUGAUUGCUAUCAUUUUUCAAUCAAAGUACUACAUUUAUUUGUUUUUAAACAAAGAAAAAUAU